UUGAGAUAAAUAUAAUGUUUGGGGGGGAAGAGAUGAUGGUAGUGAUCACGUGACCACUGUGGGCAAGUGUUUGGAGGAUCUAAUACGAGCAAGGAAGAUUUGGGUUGAAUGUUUGGGUGGUGAAGGCAGGUGAGCUGCUACUACCAGCCAACCCUCCUCCUUUCACUCCCUAAUACUAAGGCAAACCACCAAUGCAUAACCAGUAGAUGAGAGAUCUCCUGUAAUGGCGUGCUCCUCUUCCUCUCCUCCAUCCAUUGAGCAUGGAUACUCCGGUAAGACAAUAACUCCAUCGAUGGCAAUGCCGAUGUCGGCGACCUCCGGUAGAGGCAGCAGCUUGCACCUACGUAGGCCAUGGCCGGUGAAGAAGGGAGAAGCUUCGUCUGCGACUGCGACUGCUGUCGUCGGCUGGCGAAGGAAGGGGAAGGUAAAGGGAUUGUGCGCGGAGGUCAGUGGCGGAGGUAGGAAGCAAGUGAGUGUGGAUAGAGUGAAUGGCAGGAAGGUGAAUGGGGUGGUGCAUGGGAGCGAGGCUCCUUCAUCCAUGGGGACGGGCACUGCAGUGUUUGGGGCAGGUGAUGGAGGUGGGAUGGUGUCAGUGAAUGCCUUCAAGCUCGGGAGGUUCGUGGAGGACAGAUUUGUUUACAGGCAGACCUUUGUGAUCAGAUCUUAUGAGAUUGGCCCUGACAAAACUGCAACCAUGGAGACCCUCAUGAAUCUCCUGCAGGAGACAGCUCUCAACCAUGUCAUGAGCUCUGGCCUAGCCAGCGAUGGGUUUGGCGCAACACAUGAGAUGAGCCUCAGGAAGCUUAUAUGGGUUGUUACUCGAAUCAACAUUCAAGUUGACAAGUACAGCAGAUGGGGAGAUGUGGUCGAGAUUGAUACUUGGGUUGCAGCAUCUGGGAAGAACGGUAUGCGCAGAGACUGGAUAAUCCGAGAUUAUAGCACCCAACAGAUAAUAACAAGAGCGACAAGCAACUGGGUAAUGAUGAAUAGAGAAACAAGGAGGUUGUCUAAGACACCCGAACAGGUGAGGGAAGAGGUAAAACCCUUCUACUUGGACAGGAGAGUAUUUCUUUAUGGUAGUUGCGACAAUGAAAAGAUCAACAAAUUGACCAAAGACACUGCAGAGAACAUCAGAUCAGGCUUAGAACCAAGGUGGAGCGACAUGGAUGUCAAUCAGCAUGUAAACAACGUAAAGUACAUUGGAUGGAUUUUGGAGAGCGUGCCGAUGAAUGUGCUAGAGGACUAUCAUCUCACCAGCAUGACACUUGAGUACCGCAGGGAAUGCCGACAGUCUAAUUUGCUUGAGUCCCUCACAAGCAUGACAACAGGUGAAACCGAGGAAUACCCUACGAGUAUAAGUUCAUGCAAAGCAGUAUUGGGAAGCACACACCUGCUUCGCCUGCAAGAGGACAAAGCAGAGAUAGUCCGAGCAAGAGCAGAAUGGCAACGCAAGGACUGCAUCUAAACUCCAUUAAAACAUCUUUAGUUUCACGUAUAACAGCAGCACUGUGUUUUCAUUACACCAAUCAUUCACUACACAGUUGAGAAUCAUUUGUUUUGAAUUUGUUCUGCAAAUGAAGUUCAUAAAAUUCAUUAUGAGGACAUUGAA